CUCGUCAGCUGUGUUCAGCAUUCAAGUUUACUAUAUUCUAAAAAUCUAGUUUCACGAUAAAAAAAUCUCGUAACUUAAUAUAAUUUGAGUAUUAAAUUCACGGGACGUUCUGGACGAGUCGGUGAAACUUAUAAACAUCCUCAAGACAUACAAUGCAAAAUGGUUGGCCCAUUACUCCUGUUGAAAGUGCUGCACUGCAAGCAAAUCUGCAAAAACCGCGCUGAAACAUUUUUCAGAUACCGACUCGUUGUUAACAAUCGCCUCUUAUGAAUCUUGUCAGGAGUAUCUGGCGUUCAGCGCCAGCCGUACGUAAUGCGUUCGUCAACAAUCACGCCAGUUUGCGGCCUCUUUCAACCACCGUAACACCAGUCACUCCAGUUCCAAAUUUAGAAGAUGUCCCAUCGACAGUGGAACUCGAUAAACUGUUUAAGAGAGUGGAGUUGGAGAUGAGAGGCAUAGAUCCCGCAGUUCUGUUGAGUUACUCCUGGUUUUGUGUGGCAGCUGCUUCCCAUUUGGGCAUUGAAGUCACUAAAAAUUGGGCCUUAAGAAAAUCAGAAAAAGAAAGGCACACUCUACUCAGAGCUGUGCAUAUUUACAAAAAACAUAGAGUACAAUAUGAAAUCCGUACAUACUUCAGAUUCUUACACUUGCAACGACUUACUGGAUCAACUUGCGACACAUACUUGGAAUACAUUGAAAGAAAUCUCCCAGAAGGAUGUGCUCUAAAGGUCACAAAAGUGGAAUGUCAGAAAAUGCCAGAACACAUAAAACCACCAAGUCAAGAAUAAUUAAAUAAGUUCUUUGUAGAUUUGUUAAUAAAACUUAUUGUUAGACUA